UCUAUCAUGUAUUCAGGCUCGGGACUAUCCGCCGCGGCAAGGCUCUGCCAACUCUCGCUUCUCCUCUUGGCCACGGCUUCAAUCGCUUCCGGCUAUGUAGACCCUGCUGGUCCAGUUAUUACCUCACCUCCUGAUGCGGGGGUUGUAUACCUGCGAGACGGAACUCAGGAUGUGAGUUUCUGGGGUUAUGUAUCUGAGAGCGGAACUUACAACUGGCACUGCCGUUCGUCCAACCUCUGGAUCUGUGUCCUCGGCUUCAGCUUCAUCAAGGGCAUCCUCAUCCUUGCCAAGCUCGUCGACAUCUUCCUCCUCAAAAAGUUCGACGUCUUCAUCUUCCAUAUCUUCGUCGAGUAG